AUUCAGCUGUCCUCACAUCAACAUGAACUCCCCUGAACUGUUACCGAGACUUUCGUCUGACCUGCAGACUGUUUCUAUGGCCAGUAUCAGUCCGAGAAGCGACUUUAUGAAGAGUUAAAUCCUGGAAUGUCGCUCCUGGAUCACAACUGUGGGUUAGCUGAGCAUUUUCAACUCAUCAAAUCAGUUUUAGUCACUGUUUUCGCGGUUACACCGCACUGCACAGCGGCCCGGAACCUGGUCGUCAUGGAAACGGUUUGUUGUUUCUGAGCGAUGAAAGGGGCCAAAACACCCGAACAAUUCUGAACACAAGCAAAGACUGGGAACACAAAGUGGCUAAACUACUUAAGGUGAUGCAAUGUCAGAGCAUGAUGUCAUCGACUUCUCUGCGUUGGAGCGAGAGCUGCAGGCGGCGGUUGAGUCCGAGCAGAGGUACAGCCGAGAGAACGAAGCUAAACUGAGAGCUGUGAGUCAGAGAGUCGGCUCCUACAACGAGUUCAGAGACCUGGUCCUGGCCUGUCACCUGAAGCCUCUGGAAAAGAAGGACAAGGAUGGAGCGCCACGGAAACAACCCUGGAACCCUGUCACCUCAAACAAUAAGUGAUGUCUGGUCACCAUAGCAACAAGGAAUACUGACAGUUUUUUAAUACUUUAAUUUUUACUGUGGAAACAGCGUACCCCCAGGACCUUAAAUCCUUACCUUUCAGUUCUGUGGUGGAACAUUUUCAGGUACAACAGGUUUUUAAAUGUUUAUCUUCAGAAGUAGGAGAACCCAUAAAGAACUAGGUCAUCUGUACGUACGUAUGACAAAUUCUCCAGACUUGGAGAUAUGUGCUUUUCUCUGGACAGUGGAUACGAUCACAUGGGGCAGUGACAUUUAUUAGACACAAAGACAGAUGUAAAUGAACCAAUAACUGCUUUAUUCUUUCUCUGGUUUCCUCAGUUGUUACUGGAAACAAAACCAUUGUUCCCAUUCCCACUAUCUAAACACUCCAGUUUCAUGAAAUCUGAUGUUGGUCUGUGAUCAGAGCUGCACUGACUCCCUGUGACCAGGAGCUGUUAUUAGUGCGGCCACAGUCACAAAUAAAAGGUGGAAACGUACUCAGCUGAAAAUCAAACUUUAGUAGAAGCCCCAGCAGCAGCAAGCUGUACUCAGGGAACAAAAUGAUUUCACAGUCCAAAAAAGUCUGUGAUGCAUGGAUGUGGCAGAAUUUAAAGCAGUAGCACCAAAAACGCCUUAAAGCCAAAACAAGUCCACAUUCUGGAGGUUUUUACCUGACAAGAUGUUAACCUCAAAGAUCUGCAGUUGUUCAUAUGUAAAUACAGUAAAAUGGGUGGAAAAAACUCAAAACACUGUGUACUUAUUUUAUUAAACUGAGUUUCUUUAAUGUGGUUAAUAUACUUAUUUUAUUAAAC